CAUCACGUGACUAAUACAAAGCGAUUCCCGUAGCAACAACAACCUUAAUGGCUGUGCCGGCGCGGCCCCGCCCACCCCAUUCGUCCCAGUGCAUUGUGGGAGGAGAAAGAGGCUGGGACGAAUAUGGCGGAUGCUGAAGAGCCAAUGGCUGUGGAUGGUGGGUGUGGGGAGACUGGAGACUGGGAAGGUCGCUGGAACCAUGUAAAGAAGUUCCUCGAGCGAUCAGGACCAUUUACACACCCUGAGUUCGAGCCAAGCAACGAAUCUCUACAGUUUCUCCUUGAAACCUGUAAAAUCCUGGUUGUUGGAGCAGGAGGUUUAGGGUGCGAACUUCUCAAAAAUCUGGCACUCUCUGGCUUUCGGCAGAUCCAUGUUAUAGAUAUGGAUACCAUAGAUGUUUCUAAUUUAAAUAGACAGUUUCUGUUCCGGCCUAAGGAUGUUGGAAGGCCUAAAGCAGAGGUUGCAGCAGAAUUUAUAAACACAAGGAUCCCUGAUUGCUGUGUCACACCUCACUUUAAGAAAAUACAAGACUUUGACGAAACAUUCUACCGAGAGUUUCAUAUCAUUGUAUGUGGUUUGGAUUCCAUUAUUGCAAGGCGAUGGCUGAAUGGAAUGCUGAUGUCUCUUCUAAAUUAUGAAGAUGGGGUUUUGCAGCAAAGUACAGUCAUCCCCUUAAUUGAUGGCGGGACAGAGGGCUUUAAAGGAAAUUCCAGAGUUAUCCUACCAGGAAUGACAGCCUGUGUAGAAUGUACCCUUGAAUUAUAUCCACCACAGAUCAACUUUCCCAUGUGUACAAUAGCAUCCAUGCCCAGAUUACCAGAGCACUGCAUUGAGUAUGUUCGGAUACUUCAGUGGCCAAAGGAACAGCCAUUUGGAGAGGGUGUGCAGUUAGAUGGAGAUGACCCUGAACACAUACAGUGGAUAUUUACAAAUUCAUUGGAGAGGGCAAAACAGUUCAACAUUCGAGGCAUCACCUACAGACUUACUCAAGGUGUUGUAAAGCGAAUUAUUCCUGCUGUAGCCUCAACAAAUGCUGUUAUUGCAGCUGCCUGUGCCACUGAAGUUUUUAAAAUAGCAACAAGCGCCUACAUCCCGCUGAACAAUUAUCUGGUGUUUAAUGACGUCGAUGGAUUAUACACUUACACCUUUGAAGCAGAAAAAAAGGAAAAUUGUCCUGCUUGCAGCCAACUCCCGCAGAACAUCCAGUUUCCUUCUUCAGCCAAAUUGCAGGAGGUGCUGGAUUAUUUGACUAACGACACAUCAUUACAGAUGAAAUCUCCAGCUAUUACUGCAACACUGGAUGGGAAAAAUAAAACCCUUUAUUUACAGACUGUAGCAUCUAUAGAAGAACGGACAAGGCCUAAUCUUUGCAAGACAUUGAAAGAGCUCGGUCUGGUUGAUGGUCAGGAGCUUGCAGUGGCCGAUGUCACAACGCCGCAAACUGUGCUGUUUAAACUUCAUUUGACUGUCUAGUUCCACCCACCGUGAGACUCUCGCACAGUCUUUUUUAGAACUAGUUCAUAUGGAAGUCUGAUCCUGUACAGGAGUAUGAAGGAGAGAUGUGAAACAUUAACCCUUGGGAAGAAAGAAGCUCCACUUUCCUUCAACCCCCCAAGAAGGUGGAGCUUGAAAAAUGCUCUCGUUAUAGUCCAAUUAAGCACCGAUUUAUAAAAAAAAAGUGGAAAAAAUAUCCGUAUCUUUUUAGAAGGCAACAGGAGCAUUUUAAAACGAGACUUUUAGAAUUGCCCAAGAUGUACAGUGUUCUAUAUAUGAACCAUGUUAUUAUAUCUGUAUCAUGUACAAAGCCAUGUCUUUUAUGUAUUCUUUCUUACGACAAACCUUAGGGGUUAGAGUUGUAAACAGUGUAAUUAGGCAAAAUAAAUCCUCUGUACAUUGAUUACCAAA